AUGGGUUCGUUUUUAUCGCGAAACGAAUUCCCUGUUGAGGGUCGAACAGUCCUGAUCACGGGCGGUUCCCGGGGUCUAGGUCUCGCAGCAGCAUGCCAGCUCGCUUCCAAAGGUGCAAACGUCGCAAUUGGAGCCCGAGACCCUGAAGUCCUGAAGGAAGCUCUCGCGCAAGUUGAGAAAUCUGCUCGUUCUUCGGACCAACGCUUCUUCUCACUCAUCGCAGACGUGACCAAAGCUGAAGAGUGUAAAAGAGUCAUUGCUGAAGUGACAGCCUGGAAUGAUGGUACGCCUCCGGAUAUCGUUUGGUGUUGCAGUGGUAGUGCGCAUCCUACCUUGUUUGUCGAUACGCCGGUCGAGCAGCUUCAGACCAUGAUGGAUAGCAAUUACUUUUCCAGUGCUUAUAUUGCACAUGCUACGCUUAAUGCCUGGUUAAACCCUGGUGUAACCAAGAAGACUUCCGAGAAGAAGGCAUUGGCAGCGCGGCAUAUCAUCUUUACUGGCUCUUUCGUCUCUUUGUAUAGCUUCGCUGGCUUCACACCCUACUCUCCAUCAAAAGCGGCUAUCCGAUCCCUAUCAGACUCUUUGUCCCAAGAGAUGAAUCUCUACGCAGGUGCACACCCCGAAGAACCUGGCGUGCGCGUCCACACUGUCUUCCCGGCGACAAUGCCAACGAAAUCACUAGACGACGAGAACCGCGUCAAGACAGAUGUGACAAAAGCUCUGGAAGAGGGAGAUCAGAUACUCACACCCGACGAAUGCGCUAGACGAGCAAUUGCAGGACUUGAGAGAGGAGAAGAGCUUGUUGCUACAAGCACAAUUAUCAGAUUGGUCAUGACGACUGUUAUGGGCGGUGCUAUAAGAGGAGGGUUCUGGACGGGGUUGGUCAACACCAUUUUGAGUUGGGUUGUUAUGAUUGUCAUGGUGUUUAUUAGAUGGGAUAUGGAUGUCAAGGUUAGAAAUUGGGGGAAGAAGCAUGGUUCAAGUGGGAAGGCUGUGAAGGCCUCCGAGUAG